AUGGCGGCCGUCAAUCGAAACAUGUUCGGUGCGAGUAUAACUCAACCACCUGGCGGUGCCCAGUUGAUGGCUUUGCCGUUGAACCUCAUCGCUGAGAUUGUGUCACAUGUCGACGACACAGGUGAUCUCGCCCAGCUAUGUCAAACAUGUCGUGUCCUCAAUUAUAUGGCACUGCCGCAGCUAUACCGGAACCUAACGCUGACUUCCUACGACAAAAUCCGUUAUCGCGGCGAACAGCCAGAAGGAAUCGGGAGCGCUAGUCCAUUCACGAUGGGCUUGAAUGCGAUCAUUACACGAUCUUAUGCGACGCUGGUACAAUCGAUGACAUUAAAGGGAGAAUGGAAGGAACACGAGCUGGAGGAGCAUGUUCGAGUCGGCCGGGUGCCCGACGCAUCGAUGUUGUUGAACAUCGCCGCCCGCGCCGCCAUCGAUCGCAUGACCAAUCUGGAGAGCUUUCAUUGGGAACUGAACACCAAAAUGCUCGACACGGUUUAUAUAGGGUUGACACAGCUGCCGAAGCUCACCUCCCUGACUAUCCGAUUUCCCUCCAGUCGUCAUCCACAGCCCACUUUUGUGGUUCCAGGCAUGCCGCAUUUGCGAUGUCUAAAAAUCACCGAUAUCGACCCUCUAUGUUAUCCCGAUGAUAUUGCGACUCUUCUUUGUAAAAGCAGGAAACUACGUGAAUUGAAAUUACAUUGGUCACCACGGAUGAGGGAUGCACACGAGCCUAGUGUUUCUCUACAUGAUUACUUCCGCAAGCUGGUCGCAGCCAAGCAACCCCUGGCGGUGAAGAAGAUGUCGUUCCAGAAUCUGUAUGCCUUUCACACCGACGAUUUCUAUUUCGCGUUUGAUCCUACUACCGUCGAAGAUGUCACAUUCCUCACCGGUGUUGAGGGCUCUAGUCUGGUCAACACAUUCGUCGAGAGCAGCUGGCCGACAGUUCCGCCACAUGCCAAGCCCCAGAUAAAAUCUGUUCGGAUGGAUGCAGUGUCCAGACGGAACUCGGACUUUAUUGGGCAUUUCUCUGGACUCGAGCGGCUAUACUUCGUUAAUGUCACCGCUGAAUCAAGCGACCUCCUCAAUUCCCCACGCCCUGGAGGAGGCGCGGCCUCAUCUGCCCUCACGCCCCCAGUAUCCGAACACCAUUUGUCGGCUGCACCCAACGGAACCACAACCGACUCCCCCAUCACGUCUGCUUCUCCAGCUAGCCAGCUCAAUGCUACAGCUAGCUUGCGAGACCUCUACCUCUCACACAUUACCACAAAUCAUGGCGCGACAUUGCGCCACCUCCUUCUCCCAUCCAAAUGGCCCCUCUCCACCGGGAUGGUCGCGCGACUCGUCCAUAGCUGUCCAAACUUGGAGCAGCUCGCUCUCGCCACCGAAUUUUCCAGCAUGGAAUCGCUAGGUCUACUGAUACCCUUCCUCCGGAAAUUGAAAGCGCUCCGGCUUCUCAUACCCCAGUUACCCGGACAGUCUCCAAAUGGACCUGGGUUGUCUGCACUGAAGAUAUGGCAGACCGCACGAGAGACAACAUCUUUUGAUACGAUUCAAAAGGUGCAAGAGACUUUCGCAAAUGCCAAGACUCUUGCAGAAAUAGUGGACAUCGACGACUCUAUCCUGUCCGAAAUGUUGAGCUACGACCUUGGCAACCAACAAGUCUACGGAAACGUGAAGAUCAUCAGCAUGGGCUGGAAAGCCUGGGAACUAAGGGACUUCUACAAAGCCCCCAUCCCGGCAAGGAUCAACAAAGACUCCCCAACACCAACAAAUGGCGACAAUACAUCCCCAAAGACCACCACAGACAGCCCUGCCCCCCCGCAAGGUACCAACGGACUCAGCACACCAUAUCAACCUCCUGUAGCGCACAAAUCACCCGAUACACAGACAACACAUAUCUCUUCCUGGUCGCAUCCAUCCGGCCCAAGACCGGGCGCCCCACAAUCAACAUUAGGGAAACGAUCACGCGAUCAAGAUGACAGUGACACUCCUAGACCAUCACCCCGCCUUCCAACCUUCAGUAGACACGAAGACUGUGAGGAUCCUACGCCCUUAUACCCCGGCUGCUACCCGUUCACCCUGUCCGAGGAUGGGUUUGUGUGGAGACGGCGUGUGAGGCGGGUAGGAUGGGAGGCUUUGCAGCAUUGGGAGGUGUGGGCAUUGGACGCGCAGGAGAUUUGA